AUGUUGUCUAAAUUCGUUUCAUUCUAAUCAUCAGCAGGUAAAAAUCAUAAUCAUCAACAGAAAAUAGGGAUAAAAUUUUAAAAAUGCUCUAAAAUUGGGAAUUAUUAAGAAGCUAUAUGCUUCUUGGAAUAGAUAAUAAGAAAUCUGAAUAGAACUUUGAGAUUUAUUGUAAAUAUAUAUCAUUUAAAAUAGAAUAAAUUUAUGUGUUUAGAAGAUUGUUUAGAUUAGGAAAAAGUCUAUAAACAAUACUUAAUAUUUUGCAGAAAUAACAGAUGUAGAAUCUAAAAAAACAUUUUCAUCAAAUUCCUUAUGCUGUUAAUGAAAUGUCUACUUAUUCUGUUUAUGUAUUUUAUUUCUUUUUCCAUCUUCUUGAAAAUAUAAUGGUAAUACAUUAGAUGGGAUUUUUUGAGAAGAAAUUUAAUCACUAAUUAUUGAAAAUUUUAUCUCAUUCUUUUUGGACUCUUGGACUAUUGACUUAAUUAGUUUUUUAUUUAAAUAGAUUAAGAUCAAAUUUUAGAAGGUAUAAAUAUUAUCACUAAAGAGAGAGUCUGAGAUGAAGUAAUAAAUAUAAAAUGGUAUGACUAAUCAAGAAUUUAUUUCACAAAUCAGAGCUUUGACAAAAGAAAGAUAUCAAUUUGGAUUUUUAAUUUUAAGAAUUAUUGGUGAUUUAGCAUGUGCUAUGUAAAAAGCAUAAAUACCAGAAAAAUUAGUAUGAUCAUUUUUAUAAAAAUAGUUAAAUACAAGAUUUAACAGAGGAUUGGUAGCUUUAGGAGGAUUAAUGAGUUCAGCUAUUUAGAUCUAUCUAUAAGCUACAAAAGAAGGUAAGAAAAACGUAUGUGAGGUUUGAG